UUUUCUCCAAACAUGGCGAACAACUAUGAACACAUGUUUAUGUUGUGUUGGAUACACCGAACAUGCACCCCCCAUGACCACGCAAACUGAGUGGAGAGUGCACAUAAUGUGAAUAUAAUGAAACGCGCAGGAGAUGAUUCCGGACAGCUCCCAUGUGGCGGGGUCCGGUCCAGGGGGAGAUGUACCAAGUCAAACAGGAUCUCCCUCCGACCCACGUUUGUGUCCCCUGCAGAUGAAAGUGUGGAGACAUCGCAGACCGACUCACAUGCCGCUGAUGCCCCACCUCACCACGUACCCAGUGUCCGCAGCCCACCUCGGCAUCCUGGGUCACCGUGGAAUCAAUGGCCUCCUUCGCAGCAGAGGCAAAGUGGCAGAAGAAUCAUGCAAGCUCGGAUUGUUCCUAAUGAGUCGGUGUCGGCAGAAUAUCAGCCGACUGCCAUGAAGCGGCAAGCCACCAGAAUAGUACCGACAGUGUCUCAACCAAGAAAAACUGAUUCACGUCAUCUUGUCAUGAAACCAAAAUUUCAGAGGGCAAGUGUGUUGGGUGUUGGUGAGGUGCAGAGUGCAGGGCAGACCAAUCAAAGAGUUGUGUUAAAUCCUGGUGGUGAGACUCUUCCCAGGAGCUCCACUUCUCAAUUAGGGAGUCAGAAUCUCACCAAGAGCUAUACCAGACUCCCUGACAGGUCUAAAAUACAGAAUAAGUGGAGCAGAAUGACAUCUAGGACAUCAACAGACACCCAAGGUUUUAUUCCUUUGAAAGAAUCUGUAAUAUUGAAUGAAUCUCCUGUGUGCGUUAUUGAAGCAAACCUUCCUGUUGAGGAACCUGCAGUGCACGAUGAAAGUCCAUUGAUAUUAAGACAUUCUGAUGAUCAAGUCGAAGUAAUCGACACACACUUCCAUCCUCUGUGCCAUGCUGAAACCUCGUCUCGGAGUGGCUUUUUUCUCCCCACCCCGAGGAAUUCUCCAGAUCGGGAUUUUCUUGUUCCUUCUCGCCCUGCCCAGAAAAAGUGGAGAUCAACCCAGAAACCAGUAGAAUCAGGCACAUCAAAAUCACGAGCCAAAAAACUCAAGAGAAUUGAGGACACAAUCAGUAUUCCAUGUUCAAAUCAAAUAGCUACCUCAAGAUUGAAUGAGAGCACUGGAAGCAGUAAUGUUCUAUUCAAGACAACAGAGACGAUUCAGUUUGGUUCAUUUCCAUCUGGUUGUGACCAUUCAAAGCAGAUGGAUGUUUCGUCCAAAAAUCCAGUUUCCAGAAGUCCAAAAACAUUGUCUGAUAAUUCCCCGAAAUCCAUUUCCUCAUCGGACUGUUCUCCACUGCAGCCAAAAGUGAUGUUGCAAAAUAUCAGUAAGUUUUUGUCAACCUCAGAAUCAGAGUCUGGCUAUUCUGGAUGUGUGUCAGCAGAUAGCUUAGAUUUAGCCCUGGGUAAUAUGAAGGGUACACUGGACUAUGCCUACAACCAAGAUCGAAACUGCUACUCGGAUACCGACUCUGAGAUUAUGCUAAACCGUGAUAGAAAAAAGAAACAUCGUUCCAGAAAGAAAUCCGACAAACCCUCUGCUAUCAAAGACUCAAUUAAACCAAGAACAUGUUCAAACAGAUUGGACAAGGUGAAUGAUGGCUUGGCUGGUUCAGAGGAUAGGAGGACCAUUCUGCCUGAGACAAAUCCACAACAGAUUCAGGUUUCAAGGGUAGCAGAUUUGAAUGAUUUUGACUCUGAUGAUGAUGGUGAAGGUUGUAACCUGCUUUCUCCAGACAAUUUCUCGUUUGGAAGUGAAGGAGACGGCAUAUUAGAUCAGCCACAUCAAGUGCCAUCUUUUACCCAGAAAGUGAACACCAAGGCCUGUAUCCGUUACUCGUCUCACAGACAUGCUUCUUCAGAGUCUAGAUCUGAAGCAAGUGACUCCAACUCAGAUAGCAGAAGGAGAAAAAUUAAAAAGCUGUCUGUGAAAAGAGCAGAAGUGCCCAGUGAGUUAGAUCCUGUACAGAAGAAGGUGUUGAUCAGGGGAACAGAUGCUGCUACAACAGGUGAUUCUGUUUCCUCACGUGGAAAGAACAAUGAAACAGCAUGUGUGUCUAAGACGUUAGCCAGAAGUGUCGCUGAGAGAGAACACCUGUCUGAAUCCAGCGAGUCUGACACAGCAAGAGAAGUCAGACACAAGAAACAAAGAAAAUGUAAUGUUUCGAAGGCAGAGUCUGGAGUCAGGACUAGUCUCUGUAUCACUGAUGAGUCAGAAUCACAAGAUGAGAAAAAGCAGACGGCACAGACAAUCACAUUUGCCACCAAUACCUACAGUGCUGUUGGUACUAGUGGGUGGAGAAUAGGCACAUCCUCCCACAGUAGUGAUUCUGACAUGGGGAAAGGAAAGAAAAAUGUGUCUGUAGGUAGAUCAAAGCAAUGUAAAAGUAUCAAUCCUGAAUUGCAGGAUGGAAAGAAGAGCAUUGCAAAAACUCACCCAACCACAGUAAGCAGCCAUGUUUCAACAUCUUCAGCACAAACAGAAAUACAGUCAGUUGUUUCUGAAACUAGUGAUUCUGAUUUCAGUAAAAGAAAAAAUAAACAGUUAAAUUCUCAGACUUUAUUAUCAGAAUCCAGUGACUCUCCAACCAGAGACAGGAGGAAGAUUACCGAAGGAAGGUCUGAAAUUAGUCAUAAAAAGAAGUUUAUGCGGAAAAAGAAAGCUGACGAAGUGGGUGAUGCCCAAAAGAUUUCUGAUACAAAUAAGUCUUCGAAAACAGCUCUUGAUGAGAACCUGUCUCAGAAAGGAAGUUCCAACCAAAUCUGUGUUUCUCCCUGUCAAGAGAAAACCUCUUCCAGCACAGACACUGCAGAGACAGAGGGAGGUAGUGUUGAUAUGUCAAGUGAUGACUGGCUGGUAUCUAGUCAAAGCAGUCCAUCAUCACAGACUGUGUUGGAGAAAACAUGGUCAGAAAAACACAAAUCACUUAAUCCGUCCGUUAAUAGGAUAAGAGCUAGUAAGACUGCUGUACCAGAGGCAGCGGGUGAGGGCAUUAGGACUGUUUCCCGAGUCAAUGAUCAGAUCUUGACCAAGGGAUAUGCACCCAAAACAGAGCUGUCUCUGUACCCAAAGGCCAGGAGGAAACCAUUGCAGCGGAUGGCUGUUUCUGAAGGAAUAAUGUCACAAUUUGAACCGUCCAUUUCUGUAGUUUCUGAUCACAAAUCAGGUAGAGUAGAGAGUGUUCCACCAGGGACUCAAGCAGAUUCUUUGAUAGGUGAAGGACAUAACCUUGUCCAAAGAGAGGAAUGUGUAAUGAAGGGGCAUUCCCAGUUUGGAAAGAGUGUGGAGAAUGUUAGUGACUCUGAUUGGAGAUGUAGAGAUAACAUGCACACAAGUUCAAGUGGGCUAUCAACAGAAGGGACGCAUCAAUCUCAGGCACAUGAAACGCCCUUUGCUUCAAGUAAGAUGAAAAUACCCGCGGAAAGGAAAUUAUGCUCAAAAUCGCCAUUGUUACAACAGAUGCUGACAUCAGAGAAUUACAAUCUGCAACAGUUAAAAGCAGUUGACCCUUCAGACGAUGACGUGGUCAAUGCACAGCAAUCGUUGACUGGGAGAAUGGAAGCUGGAGUCUGUGGUGAUGACCUGACUGUGCCCGCCAUGAGUUGGGACUCUCCCAGCAGGAGAGUGACCUUGUGCGGACGACCUCCUGCUCCAGUCUCACGGUCAGUGUCUGGUUAUUCAGUCUGUGAUCAAACUGGGGAGGAAAACCAGCUAGAAUCAAUACUGGCCCCUUCAAAUGGCAGAUCUGACAAACACAGAAUAACACCUGCCAACCCUGUUUGUCUCUCUGAAACUGAGCCAUUGUCCAUGGAUGAUGAAAGUCCAAUGCAAAACAUUCCAGGAUCGGACAGAACAAUGAGCAUCUUUUCAGAGACUGAUAGUGAUACAGGCUCAUCUUUUUUAGCUAUGAGUAAGUGUGGAUCUAAAGAUCCUCUGAGACUGUCCACUUCCUUGUGGAAAAAAGUUGUGCCAAAGAGACCAAGAGGCAGACCCAGAAAAGUCCAAACUCAGGACCUCUGCCCUCCUCAGCCUCAAGUGGUAGUUCCUGCUGAUUUAUGCAUUCCCUUGUACCGUGAUGUAAGGAACAACAUUGUAUGGCGGCCAGAGUACAACAAUGCCUGUCACCAAGGUGCCUUUCCUCUUGUUGUGAUGCCACUGCACAACUUUGAACGUCGGGCCUACCACAUGAAAGACCUUGAGGAUUUAGGCAUUGUCAGUAAGGAUAUCAAAAUCACCAAACCAUCAACAUCAGUGGACCUGACUCUGCAACAAACAGUUGACAAACAUAUUGUACCAUCGUCAUCAGUGGACCGGAAUCUGCUACAAACAGUUGACAAACAUAUUGUACCGUCGUCAUCAGUGGACCUGACUCUGCAACAAACAGUUGGCAAACAUAUUGUUGUGCAUGAAACAUUGGGUGGAGAUAAAGGUAUUGAUGAGGGUUAUGGUUGCAACAGGAAGGGCUUUCCACAGCCAACAACGAGUGAAGCUCCAGCUUUGGGAAGCCCUUCCUGUACAGAGAAACAGAUUGGUCAUCUGUCAUCACCUCGAGGACCAGUAGAAGUAUCUACAAACAGUUCAGAUGUUGUACAUGUUGUGCCAGAAAAUCUGGGUGAAUGUGUCGACUUUUUGAAUACGGUUGAGAUGAAUACAACAGAGAUGGAGACUGGAUGUGACAUCAUUGGUUCAUCAGAACAUGAAAGGUCAUUCUCUCAGUUUCAGACCAGUGAAGUAGAUAGGAACAAAGAAUACUUUAUCUGGCCUAAGGAACAAUCGGUUGAGAUGAGAACGGAAAAUGAUCCAGUGAACAUUUCCUCCACCAUGUUGAUGCUUCAUGAGAUUGUUGAUGAUCUGCUGCCAUUGAGUGUUCGAAGGAACGAAGGCCAGUCUCCAGUGAGUGAGCUCAGCAGUGCCACCUCCAGCAAGUCUGUGUUUGACAAGGAUGUGUUUGACUGUGAAGUGUCUCUAGAUGACUCGGUCAAAACUGAUGAUUUGUGUAAUGAAGGAAUUGCUAUUGUCAACCAUCUUGUUCGCGAGUUCCUCCCGAUUCCUGACACUGUGCUUGAAAAAGACAACAUAGCUGACAAAGCUGUAGAGACGUCUGUGAAGAAGAUUAAGACAGUGUGUUCAAGCCUUUCAAAAAUUCUUCACACAGGCUCUAAGUCAUUACAGAUUGACUCGUCUCCAGACAGUGGUCCAGACCAUGUUCCAAACACAUCACAGACUGGCCUAUGUGUGCCCAUUUCAGACGCUGGUGACCAAUCCGUCCACAAUGUUCAGAACAAAUCAAAACCUGCCACAUGUGCUUUUACUUCUGAAGCUAAUAAAAAUUAUUCAGAUAAUGUACAGGAUACAUCAAGCCCUUGCAUAUUUGCCUCUAUUUCAAAAGCUGAUGACCAAACUCGAGACAAGAUCCAGGACUCCUCUAUUUCUAGUGUUCCAGUGUCAAUACAGUUAACUGGAUUGGAUUUAUCUGCACUAUUAGAAAACAAUAACCCUGAUGAAUCACCAUGUGACUUUACCCACAAGGAGAUUUGUCCAGAUAUGCAAGCACCUUCUGCUUUUCAAGUAAUUAGUAAACAGUGUCACAACAAAAACCAAGAAAGGAAUGCCAAAGAUAGCAUCAAAUUUAGAGAUGAUGCUGAGUAUUCGGCUGAACUUGUGAUUAUGGGAAACAUGCCUGUUGAUUCACACAGGAGGGAUAUUAGUGAAUGCACUGCAGAUGCAGAGCAUGGAAUGGCUAAGGACUCUAUGCAUUUUUCAGGUAGCAAAGUAGGUACAGACACUGACAAGAUUCUAGACUGUAGACGUGUAGUCAGUGAUGGGGAUACAUUAUGUGUGCAGUUAGAUGUACACAAUCACAUGCUUAACACGGACUCGGUUACGUGUGAGGACACAGAAAAAUGUGAAUUCACUGGAGGCAUAUCAAAUGAAACCAACCUGGACAAUGGACUUGGGGUCUGUGCUGGUAAAGCUGUAGUAAAGACAAGUCAUGUAGAGGAUCGUGAAGGUAGUGACAGACUAGGGUUCCUGCACAGUGGACAUGGCGUCCGUGCUGGUGAAGCUGUAGUAAAUACAAAUCAUGUAGAGGAUCGUGAAGGCAGUGACAGACUAGGGUUCCUGCACAGUGGACAUGGCGUCCGUGCUGGUGAUGCUGUAGUAAAUACAAGUCAUGUAGAGGAUCGUGAAGGCACUGACAGACUAGGGUUCCUGCACAGUGGACAUGGCGUCCGUGCUGGUGAUGCUGUAGUAAAUACAGAUCAUGUAGAGGAUCGUGAAGGCACUGACAGACUAGGGUUCCUGCACAGUGGACAUGGCGUCCGUGCUGGUGAAGCUGUCGUAAAUACAAAUCAUGUAGAGGAUCGUGAAGGCACUGACAGACUAGGGUGCCUGCUCAGUGGACAUGGGGUCUGUGCUGGUGAUGCUGUAUUAAACACAAAUCAUGUAGAGGAUCGUGAAGGCACUGACAGACUAAGGUGUGUUGACAAGUCCCAAAUUGACGCUCAGGCUGUGAGGCUUGGUGUAAGUGGGAGUGAUCUUCAGCCAAGACUUAUACUUUUCUGUUUGUCAAUGAAAAGAUUUAUGAAGUUUGGCAGGCAUAAGUACAGGAGAAUAGGCGGGAAGAGGUCGCAGACAUGGAAGGUGAGGUUAAAACGGAAAUAUAGAAAGAAGCAGAAGAGCAAUGUGAACCACAGCUUCUCCAUCCAUCCAGAACAUUCAAAGAAAUACUCCAUAAAACAUCAUUGUGGACCUGAUUUAAGCAUGUCAGAGAGGAGUACAUGUUCAGACUUACAUUCUAACCUCAACAUUCCUCAAGCAAAUGAAAGUGAACAUUUUGACAGUGGGUCUAAGAUAAGUCAAACAAUCCAAGAAAGACCCCAAACACCAGUGUCCCGAGGCCAAUCAGAUGUCACAGAUUUUGGUUUGGCUAUCAGUACACCGAAAGAAAAGAACAAGAGGAAACCGAAAAAGGAUACAUGUGUUUCAAGAAAGGGCUCUGGGGUUUCUCAGAAACAAGGCGUAAGUCUGACCAAGCCUCACCAUGACCUUGAGACUAUGACACACAGGACCAUGCCAGAGUCGAAACUAGCUCAGAGUAUUCUGAAGAAAGAGGAAGAACGGAGGAAGAGAGCUGCUGCUGCUAGCCAGCACACUUAUCUAGACCUACCUGCUCUUGUGCCUUUUGAACAGAUCAUGGUGCACACAGAUCAGACUGCUUGCAGUGAGAAGGAAGGAGCGCCAUCAACUUCAGUGUCCUCUGUUAUGUCAUUGGGAGAAUCUGCCAAUCUUUUCAGCCCACCGAGGUUGUCGAAGCUCAAAAAGAUUCGAAAGAAAGCAGGAAGCAGAUCUUCUGAGGACGACAUGACUGCGAGAUCACCGCUGGAACGUUCCUAUGAAAUGUGGUCUACUUCUAAAUAUGACACAGGGAAGAGAACCUCUGGGAUAAUGAAUUCAAGUUUCACAGACAAACAAUUUACAUUUGGAUCCUCAGUUUUUGACAGCCCCACAUUCCAUCAGGAAGUGACAAGUCCUGUUAGACCUGCGGUGAGCAAGGAACGACCAGGAACAGAAAGUGUCAAAGAAAGCCUUCUAUGUAUGCUGGAAGGUACUGGUGCGUUAUGUGGGGAGUCCCCAAGUAGCUCUUGCUCAAACUCGUCUAGAAGGAAAGUCAGUGUGACAAUCUCCCCAAUAAUUGAUACUGCAGCGCCUGCUAAGAAAGCAAGAGAAAUAUUGUCUCCAAAGGGCAUACUAAAGAGUCCAGUCAGUGCCUUUGUUCCUAAGGGGUUCUAUAAAGACACCAUGCAGUCAGAUGUGGAGACUGAAGGGGUGGAGUCCAUGGUAAAAUCAGCUUUAGGGGAGGUUCAGUACUCACUUCCAGACAUUGAUGAUGAAUCUGAGGCGGAGAAGGUUACGUUCCUUGUAAGUCCCUCCAGCCCAGAUGAGGCCACCCUGGCUGUCAAGGAUAUGGAACCAGAAAGUGAGGCAGUGGAAGUCAAUACCGGUGAAAGUGUCCAGGCUGCUGGUGAUGGGGCUGAUGAGUCAUCCAGAGCAGAAGUGGAUGAAAGUAAUUUGCUCUCAAACCUUGACUAUUUUGACAACACAGAUUUAUCAGCUAUGGAGAAGACUGUAGGGUUUAUUGACAAUCUCUUGUCUUCUGACAUCCCCUCGCCGAGAAACCAGAUGAGAAAAAGUAACGAUUUUUCUGAAGAUGAUGACCUUGAAUCUAAAGAUCAAGAACCAGACAAGGUAACAAUGGGGGAGGAUACGUUGAUGCAAAACACGGACAAAAGUGUGGCAUCUGAACCAAAUGGUGAACAGAGAUCUAAAGAACCCGAUGAUGGUAAUCCUGAUGCCCCACGGAUACUGGAGAACAGUCAUGGUGAAUGUGCUUAUGCUUCAUUGGAUGAAAAACAUGAUUCAGACAGUGAUGGGGAAAGUGAAGCAGGGGCAGACAGCUGUCCAAGACAGACGUCUGAGGAGAAGGACCCAGACUCAAAAUCUGUUGAGUCUCUACCAAGCCAAGAUGAAAUCUCUGAGAAAUCUGAAGAGGAGUCAGAUCAAGAGGAGUCUGAUGCAGAAGACAGUGUCAAGCCCAAACCGUCAGAUGAAGAUGGAAACUCGGAUGCGGACUCGGAUGUCUCGGGGAUGUCUCUCCAUGCACCUUCUGAAGCUUCCUUCCUCAGUGAGGAGGAGGAGGACAGACUAUCUCCGACAACAACAGAAAACAGCACCAGGGAAGAACUGAAGGACAAUGAAGAUUUUAAGUUCCAGGAGGACCUCGAGCUCCAGGACAAUCAUGAUGAGGAAGAUAUGGACCUGUCUAGUGGGUGCAGCAUCCAGUCAGGACCUCAGCCUGAGCCUGCUAUCCCCCCUCAAGUCGUCCAGGCUCUGGGCGUGCCAGAAGGAUACUGCGUCAACUUUGUCAGAAACAGCAGAUGUAAACACAGUCCAUGCAAGUACAAGCAUGGACAGCCUUCUAAGGAAGUUAUGAUCUCCAUGGUAUUCAAAGACCUCCAACACCUCAUGUCAACAAACAUGCACCAUCACAUGUUUGCCAAGUUUCACAUCCUGGCUAGGUACUGUGGCGGUGAUGUUGCGAUCUGUGGCGAGGUGUUGCAGUGCAUGCUUCGCUGGGCGAUGCAGACAGGGACCUAUUCCCAGAUUGACUACCUACUGUCAUUCGCAACAAAGGACCCAAACCUCCUCCUAUAUGCAAGGGAAGCAAUCCAGGUGAUGGUGCAGGUGAUGCAGAACCCACUGAAGGAAGAUGUAAAGCCAGCAUGUUUUCACGCAGUCUCCGGAAUCUUCAACCGGACGUGUAGCCGAGGGUUAAUCCUUAGCCCUGAUUGUCUCACACAGCUGCUACAAUUGUCACUGCAGACAUUGAUGCUUCAAGAUGUAGUCAUCUAUUGUCAGCAGCAGAAGCAUGCAGUGCCCUCGAGCAUCAUGCAAGUUGCUCUCCUCUCUCAGCUGCACGACGUCACAUUCCGGGAAAAGGCGGAGUUGAUACUUCAGAUCAUGUCGGAAAAGUCAAUGAAGGCUCUGGGGCUUGAGAUCAUAGAGAAAUUGUCAACAGUCCCUUGGUCCCCUGAGAGGGAGACGCAGCAUAAAGUCAUGCGAGUCUACCAUACCAUGACUGUGGAACCUGCGCAGGAUCUGGAUCUGUAUGAGGAGGAUGAAGAGCAGGAGGAAGUACAGACAGACAGUGAAGACUACCGAGGAAUAUACCACAGGAUUGCCGGAUGUAGGCAGUCCAUGAACUGGAAGUACCUCGCCCGAAUCUACUUGUUGCAGUGCACUUCUGACGCCCUUCCUAAUUCCAAGUUCCUGAGGGUCUAUGUUGAUGUCCUUCAUGAUAAACAGGACUCCCUCAAGACCGCCAUUUACUUUCAUGCUUUCCUUAAUAACGUGUUCAACAAAUACCAAAAAGAGAUCACGAAGGAUGCUCUGCUGUCAUUAGACAGAAGGACAUUAGCCCGCAUAGGGUUUCACCUGCUAGUUCGUACAUUCAAGUCCCCUCCGUAUGGCCAGUGCUGCACCCUGGUGGCUGAUCUCCUAGACAACCGUCUCCCCUGCAAGAACCUCCAGCCCGAGAUGGGCUACACCUUCCAUUCCACCGUGGUUGAGGUGUGCCUCCAGAUGUCCCAGCUGGAGCGACUGCUUCAGUUCAUACAAGGUCUCUGCCCAACUGAGGUCUAUACACAUGGAGCUAAAGAACGUCCAGAUCUGUGGCAUGAUCAGCUGUUGCGGGCCAUUAGUCUCCUCUGCAGCAAAUCCUGCCUACCAGAAGCAGCUGAUGUCCUGGCCUUCUUUAAAACUCAGCUGCCUAAGACAGAAGCAGUCUUAACAGAUCACCACAGAGAAGCUGCUUGUCAGCUUAUGGAGUUAGCGCUAUGUCACAGAGAUCUGGACACAGCUGUAAAGGUGUUCGACCUUGCGAAGACCGUGCUCCAGUUCAAUCACCUCCGCCAUCUUCUCAUCCAGUGUUUCCUCAGCAAUAUGCGUGCCAAGGCCGGUGACAUCUUCAUUCUUCUCAGACCAGAUUUGACAAAGAAUAACUCUCAAAACCUCAUUGUAGUAAACAACAGUUUCCACUUCACGGAGAUCGAGAUGAUCAUCUGUGCCCACCUGGUCGAUCUGUACCAUGAACUCUGUCAGCUGAAGAUGUCAGAGGGGCAUACUCCGACAGAUGAUAACCUUGCUCUGACUGUCACUGUGGACGACGACACAAAUCCGAUGCCCAAGACAGUCCAGGACACCACCAAGGAAGUCAGGCUCAUCUUCAGGAGACUUGGAGUGGACAGUCACCUAACAGUGCCCCGUAGAGUCGUGGUGGAUAUACACACCCUGAAGGAGUACAUGAGGGGCUGCGAUGAACAAGCAAGGAAUUUGGGCCUGUUUCCAUUAUCUCCGGAAGAAAGUCAACAGUUAAGUUUGUAUGAAUCUCAGGGAAGAUCUCGUGGAAGAGGGAUGGAUUUCACCAAAGUUAGGGAACGAGGUCAGUAUCAAUCCAGAGGUCAAGGUUACAUUAUGAGAGGUCAAGUUCGCAGCAUGAGAAGUCAAAGUCAUGACAGAUAUCCUGGUCACAGCAUUAGAGGUCAAAGCCAUGACAGAGGUCAGUGUCACAGCAGAGGUCAAGGCCACUGCAGAGGUCGAGGUCGAUACCACAGAGGCCAACUUCACAACAGAUGAAGAAUACUUCUAAAGUUAUGUGUUUCAGCGCUGGAAACAUUUAUGACAGGCCUCAAGUGAUGCUUCAUUGUUAGAAUCACUUGUGACCUGUAACAACUGCAUAGUGACUAUUCCAGGUCCUAUGUGAUAUUUCUUUGCAAUAAUCACAUAUGUCUUAUAACAUCUGCUUCGAGACUGUGGUGGAUAUUUGUGAUGGUACUUUCAAAGGAUUCUACACUUAGCCUUUCAUGUUGGGGGCAGCAGUUCUGAGUGUUUUCUAGUCAACUUGUUCAUGAACAUUUAUUUUUAUUGUAAGUUUUUGGCUUGCAUACAUUGACAUGCUACUAUGAAUAGUGAUGUUUUUAUUUGGUUCAAUUGCAAUUUUAGGUAUCAUUUGUCAUACUGAUAUGCAUUUAUUAAGAAAGUUUUGGAAUGAACUCCAAGGUAGAUGGUGUUUGUAGAUGCACAAACUUAAAAGAUGUUUGCAGCAGUACACAAGGAGACAGACAUUAAGUAUCUGAAAAACUUGUUGAUUUAUAGUGAUAUCUAAUAAGGGUUUCUAUAAAGUCCGCGUUUCGUAACUGUUUUUAUAGAUUAGUCUGUCGGUAGGCUUGGUAGUGUUAUACAAGGACAGGGAACCAGACUGCUGUGUUGGCCAAGAAGCAAGACAUAGGUUCUCUGUUGUCAGAGUGUGAUCAAAAUUGAAUAGUCUUUGAAUUGGUUAGUAUCGUAUGGGCUUCCCUAGGCCUAAGAUGGCACUGAUGUAGUGAUCCCAUAGGCUAGUAUGGACUUCCCUAGGCCUAAGAUGGCACUGAUGUAGUGAUCCCAUAGGCUAGUAUGGGCUUCCCUAGGCCUAGGAUGGCACUGAUGUAGUGAUCCCAUAGGCUAGUAUGGGCUUCCCUAGGCCCAAGAUGAAAAUGAAGUAGAGAUCCCAUAGACUAGUAUGGGCUUCCCUAGGCCCAAGAAGAAAAUGAAGUAGUGAUCCCAUAGACUAGAAUGGGCUUCCCUAGGCCCAAGAAGAAAAUGAAGUAGUGAUCCUAUAGACUAGUAUGGGCUUCCCUAGGCCCAAGAUGAAAAUGAAGUAGUGAUUCCAUAGACUAGUAUGGGCUUCCCUAGGCCCAAGAAGAAAAUGAAGUAGUGAUCCCAUAGACUAGUAUGGGCUUCCCUAGGCUCAAGAAGAAAAUGAAGUAGUGAUCCUAUAGACUAGUAUGGGCUUCCCUAGGCCCAAGAUGAAAAUGAAGUAGUGAUUCCAUAGACUAGUAUGGGCUUCCCUAGGCCCAAGAAGAAAAUGAAGUAGUGAUCCCAUAGACUAGUAUGGGCUUCCCUAGGCUCAAGAAGAAAAUGAAGUAGUGAUCCUAUAGACUAGUAUGGGCUUCCCUAGGCCCAAGAUGAAAAUGAAGUAGUGAUUCCAUAGACUAGUAUGGGCUUCACUAGGCCCAAGAAGAAAAUGAAGUAGUGAUCCUAUAGACUAGUAUGGGCUUCCCUAGGCCCAAGAUGAAAAUGAAGUAGUGAUCCCAUAGACUAGUAUGGGCUUCCCUAGGCCCAAGAAGAAAAUGAAGUAGUGAUCCUAUAGGCUAGUAUGGGCUUCCCUAGGCCCAAGAAGAAAAUGAAGUAGUUAUCCUAUAGACUAGUAUGGGCUUCCCUGGGCCCAAGAUGACACUGAAGUAGUGAUCCCAUAGACUAGUAUGGGCUUCCCUGGGCCCAAGAUGAAAAUGAAGUAGUUAUCCUAUAGACUAGUAUGGGCUUCCCUAGGCCCAAGAUGACACUGAAGUAGUGGUCCCAUAGACUAGUAUGGCCUUCCCUAGGCCCAAGAUGAAAAUGAAGUAGUUAUCCUAUAGACUAGUAUGGGCUUCCCUGGGCCCAAGAUGACACUGAAGUAGUGAUCCCAUAGACUAGUAUGGGCUUCCCUAGGCCCUAGAUGGCACUGAAGUAGUGAAGUACCCCAUUUGUGAUAUUGCUGGAAUAUUGUCGUGAUAUUGCUGGAAUAUUGCCAUGAUAUUGCUGGAAUAUUGCCAUGAUAUUGCUGGAAUAUUGCUGUGAUAUUGCUGGAAUAUUGCUGGAAUAUUGCUAAAAACAGUGUAAAAUGCAGCCCGCUCACUCAAUUAUGUGGAUCGGUGAUCAUGAUAUCAAUCACUGGAUUGUCUGGUCCAGAUUUGAUUAGUUACAGACCGCCAUCAUAUUGCUGGAAUAAUGCUGAGGAGGGGAUUAAACAACAAACAAACAAUUGCAAUAUGUCCCCGUGGCAAUACUGUGAUAUACCUGUAAUUCAUGUCAAAGUUCCAGAAUUGAAUUUCAAACAAGUAGGAAGACACAGGAGCAUCAUCAGCCGCUCGUCUGAGUCAGCUUGCCUUAUGUUAGUAAGGGUUAGUAGAAUGUCGGGCUAUUAAGGGGAUAUCCAUGUAUAUUAUCAAUAUCUGGGCAUCCCUCAUAGUAAGAUUUGGUCUUUGUCAGACUUGCAGAAUUACAUCUGCAUUCAUGGUUGAAUCUCAAAUUUGUCUUCCAUCACGAACCUUGGUCUGUUGACAUGACUGGUUUUUGUGAAAGUGUUGGGGCAGUUAUGACCUGUGACUCUUGAGACAUUCUUCCAAAGUUUAACUAACAGCUGUGAUAUGACUAAAAAUAUUCAAAGUGGCAUUAAUAACUUAAAUGGAUUUAAAUAUGCAAAUGUUGAGGUGGAUGAGAAAGUAAGAAGAUGGACGUAUGAGUGCUCGUGUGUGGACCAGAUACUCUAGAAAAUAUGUGUGUAUGAAAAUGUCUGAACUUUGACACGCCAGUGCAGCGUCUUAACUCGGGGUCGGACGAUACACCAAGUGUGCGAUACUUAUCUGUGCACUUAUCUGUGCACUUAUCUGUGGUGCGUAGGCCAUCUUUUUCAUAGACAGGAUUGCCAAAUACCUGGCACACUAAUGAUUGGCAGUGUCAGGUAUGGCGCAAUGAAUGAAAAUAUUUACGUUUUCACUACUCAUUUUCACUUGUAAUUAGUGUUUAGUGUAACACUUUUUUCAAGAAAACAUUUAAGGUAAGUAUCAAUAUUUUUUACUUAGUGUGUGACUGUGAUACUUGUAUCGAGAAGUAAAAAAUUGCGAUCUACCGAUGCAUCGGUGUAUCGGCCCACCACUAGUCAGAACUUACAUUUUAUUUGUGAACAAUUUUCUUUUAGUUAUUUAUGGAGACAUUUUCAGUUUGAUCAACAUAAUGGUAUUGCCUUGUUUAGAUGCUGUGUUAGCAACCUGUUAUCCAGUUCUGCAUAAUAACAUGACUUUAGUUUCCAUUUGGUUGUUUCUUGUCUGUAUAUGGUUUUAUUGAGGGCAAAGAAUGCCUUGAUAACUGCAAAUUGAAUACAUGUAUAUCCAUUGUGCCAAAUACCAAAGGAUCCCAAAGAAGGGGUUUUAUGUUUUUUAUUAUUUUAUUAAGGCUGUCAGAGUCCACUGAAUUUUCCCAGCAUUGCGAUAUAGGGACCUACCAAUUUAUGUUCUUGCCUGGUACUUAUCAAAAAAAAUAUAUUGUCCCAGAAAAUGCUUGAAAAAAAUAAUUGUGCUUCAGAAUGCUGGAAAAAAUAGAAGAAAUUGUCUGCGGCAAAAAAUACAUUGUUGCAAAAUGCUUUUGUGAAAGAAAUGUUUUGUCUAAUGGUUUUCAUUAAAAUAUAUAUCUGGUUUUACAGAUGUAGCUGAACAAAUAUGUAGUCUUCAAACAAAAUCCCAGGCCUACCCCAGAAUGUCAAAUGGUCGGUGCCAUGGUCGGUGCCAUGGUCAGUGCCAGGGUCGUUGCCAUGGUCGUUGCCAUGGUCGUUGCCAGGGUCGUUGCCAUGGUUGGUGCCAGGGUCGGUGCCAUGGUCGUUGCCAUGGUGGGUGCCAUGGUCGUUGCCAGGGUCGUUGCCAUGGUUGGUGCCAGGGUCGUUGCCAUGGUCGGUGCCAUGGUGGUUGCCAUGGUCGGUGCCAUGGUCGGUGCCAUGGUCGGUGCCAUGUUCGUUGCCAGGGUCGGUGUCAUGGUCGGUGCCAUGGUCGGUGCCAGGGUCGGUGUCAUGGACGGUGCCAUGGUCGGUGCUAUGGUAUGAGUAUUGUGUUGUAGGGUCGUGUGUUGUUCACAGACCCAGGGGUGCACACCCACUUUUUCUAAUGUCUGCUAAUGGUGUUUAUGUACAAAAAGACACAAGUGACCCAAAUGUGAUAACAGCCAAAACAGGACAAAGUAAACACAAUGUAUUGCCAUGAUGAAAUAGAAGUAGUAUUCUUAGAAUUAUACACAAUGAUAACUAUUGUUUGAUAAAUAAAUUGUUUGAUGACAUGUUUUAAACAAUAAUAACAAUUACUUGACUAAUCUUUGGCAAACAAUGUAAAUUUUCCCGAAUUAUUCCAUUCCGUUGUUUUAUUGUAUUUUAAGUGCUUCAAGUAUGAGUGCAAGAGUUCUCAAACCAGUUUAGGAGCCAAGUGUUUGGUCAAUAUUCUUUGGGUGGGUCUCAAGGUAUUCCUAUUGAAUUCAGCUCAUUAACAUGGCAAGUGUCACACUUUCAUGUAUUGUAUCUUUGUAUCUUUGUAUCUUUGUAUCUUUGUAUCUUUGCAUUAUGUAUCACGUUUACAGCUUAAUCAAAAUGAGAUCACAAUCUCAUAAUAACCAGAUGUUAGUGCUCACAACUACAAAAAGAUCUGAGGACAUCCCAUUACAGAAUUGUUUGAUAGGCAUUACUUAGAAGUUGACGGAUAAAAAGGUAGACACAGUGUAUGGAUAACAACUUCUUUAUUUACUGUAAUAAAUAUACCGAAACAUUGCCUUUACAGUAGUUAAGGAAGUUGUUAUCCAUAAUUGUGUCGACCGUGUCAUGCUAUUACAGACCACCUCCGUGGUCUAAUGGUAGAGCGUCCGCCCGGAGAGCGGAAGGUCCGGGGUUUGAUCCCAAGCCGUGUCAUACUUAAAGACGUUAAAAGAUGGUACUUGUUGUU